GAUUAUUUCACAAAAUGGCGUUAAAUCGCAGUCACAGCGAUAAAAUUCGCAAUGGACUCAUCCUUCUUCAUCAAGAAAGGAUAUUAAUGCAAAAGGAGAAGGUUGAUUUGACCUUUGACAUAUCGCCAGAACAUGGGGCCUUCAAGGGAACAAAAGAAGGGACGGCUUUCCUCACCAACCAGAGGGUGAUCUUCAUCAAUAAGAAAAGCAGCGAUGUGAUGAAGUCUUUCUCCAUGCCGUUCUUUUACAUGAAGAACGUGGACAUCAAGCAGCCAAUCUUUGGUGCUAAUGCCCUGACAGGAGUCAUCAAGGCACAGCCCGGAGGUGGAUUGGACACGCAUGCUAAAGCAGACUUCAGGAUGGUCUUCAAGACUGGAGGUGCUAUUGAAUUUGGGCAACUCCUUCUUAGAGUCGCCACUAAAGCACCAACGGUUCCCCCUCCUGCUCCCGGACAGUCCGCAGUCCCUCAACCAACCGCGGCAUACAGCAAUACCUACCCAGCAAAUGGAUACCCAGCACCCAUGCCAGGUGCCCAGUACCCACCACCCCAACAACCACCCAUGGGUGCUUAUGGGUACCCUGGUCAGACAGCAUACCCAGCUUAUCCUCCAGGAGCCCAACCUUAUGAGCAACCCCCUCCAUACUCGGAUGCAAUGAUGAACCCCUCAGCCCCACCCCCUCCAGGACCAGCAUACUACAACCCUAAUGAUCCACAGUAUGUUUAUAUGACGCAAAAUCAACCCUCAACCAUUCCAACUGCUCCUCCUCCUGCAUAUUCGGAGAAACCCAAAACAGACUAAGUCAACUCAAGAUAUCAAGACGGGGGAACCUAGAUAACCUGGUAAGCCAGCAUGUUGGUAAUAACGGCAAAACUAGGGUCAAACAUUAGGGGGGCACAAGUAGGAGCAUUUCUGGGGGGCACUUCUAGCCAAUUAAAACUCUAGUUUCUGUCUUCGUUUUUAGUAAACAAGCCCCUUUUUAAAAUUCCUGUUAUGCCAAUUACUAUUUUUGUAUAAGAUAAUCUGACGUGAGUGUAACAGCAUUUACAUUGUCUACAUGUAAAUGAAAAACAAAUUUUAAAAAUGAUUACAUUAAAGCUUAUAAACGUUAAAGUUUUAUUUGCAAUCAGAACGAGCUUGAGCAAAAUGUUCAUGUCGCCAAUACCACAGAAUUCUGCGUUUAUGACUCAUCGAAUGGCACAGUUUACUUUAGGUUCUGUGAUUUUUUAAAGGCAGUGGACACUAUUGGUAAUUACAAAAAGUAAUUAUUAGCAUAAAAUCUUUCUUGGUGA